AUGGGAUACGAGCCCUGCUCGGAAAUCAGUCCGGAAUGCCAGCCUGACAGAGGCUGGAGCUUCGUCGAAGGUUUGGCGAAGCUGAGAUGUCCUUGCUGCGGCGAGCGGCAGAAAGAGCAAAACGAGCAGCAACUUCAACACGGCGAUGUCUUCGUUCGUUUGGAAGGUGAACAAACCUUUGAGGCCUUUUUUCAGAUCGGUGAGCUGAUCGGGCACGGCACCUUCGGGAAGGUCUACUGCUGCCGCUUCCGAGCGAGCGACCUCUGCGUGAAGGUCGUAGCCACGACCGGGCGCCACGCUGCGCGAGCUGCAAAGCUGCCGAAUGAUGAGAAGCUCCAGCUUCUCAGGCGCAUUGCUUCAGUGCAGCAUCCGAACAUCGUUCGAUACCAGCAGUUUCUUCAAAGCAACGAUUCUUUGUACGUGGUGAUGAGUCGGUGUUUGGGGCCGGAUCUGGCGGAGCACUUGGAGGCUGUGGGGCACCUGAAGCUGCAAGACCUCAAAGGCCUCUCCAGGAUGAUGCUUUCGGCGAUCGCAGCCGUUCACCAGUGUGGCUUGAUGCACCGGGACAUCAAGCCUGAAAACUUUCGUUUUCGAGAUCCAAGUGCCACGACCUUACAGCUCUUGGACUUUGGAGCCGCAAAGAUCACAGACGACACGCUGAAGGCGCAUACCGUCGUGGGUACACUGCUCUAUGCGGCCCCGGAGGUGUUUGAGGGCACCUAUGGAAGGUCUUGUGACCUGUGGAGCUGCGGGGUUGUGAUCUUCUUGUUGGUGUCCGGCCAUCUGCCUUUCCAGACCUCGGACGUUACCAUGCUGCGCAGCAUGCACCGGGAUCCAGUUCUGAAUGGCGAGUGUUUGUUUCGUGGUGAGCAUUGGCGGCAGGCUCCUCUGGGUGCAAGGAGUUUGGUACGAGGAUUGUUGAGCGUCAAUCCGGGCCAGAGGCUGAAGGCACACGAAGCUAAUGAUCAUGCAUGGUUUCAGAGUUUUGACGAGGCCAUGCAGACCUACGACUGCCUGCCGGCAGGGUCACCAUUGAGUCGCUGCGAGGGCAGCCGUCUAAAGCUCGCUGACCUGAAGCGCUCGAACUUCGAGUGGAACCUCGCGGACUCCGACACCAGUGAAGACUGA